ACGAACAAGCGUCAUACACUUCCUAUUUAAACUACAGUUCCCAGAAUUCAUAGCAGAGCAUAAUCCGGAAAUGCCGUCGGUGCUUCUAGAUUGAAAGCGCUGUUGUAGAAAAUGAGGUGUGGGUUUGUGUGAGCGAGACAUGGUGCCGCCAGAAGAUGUAAAGCAGCAGAAGCAUUCGUCUUCAUCGGGCGACGGGGACGGAUCUUUUGUGUUCGAGGCUCACGAGGCCUGGAAGGAUUUCCACGAUUCCCUCCGACAGUUCUACGAGAACGGUGAACUGUGUGACGUCACGCUAAAGGUUGGAAACCGACUAAUUCCAUGUCACAAACUAGUUCUAGCCUGCGUCGUUCCGUACUUCCGUGCCAUGUUCCUCUCGGACAUGGCCGAAGCCAAACAGGACCUGAUCGAGAUACGCGAUUUCGACGCCGACGCCAUCCGAGACCUUGUGAGCUUCGCUUACUCGUCGCGUCUGACGCUAACGGUGGAUAACGUUCAGCCGUUGCUGUACGCGGCGUGCAUCCUGCAGGUGGAGCUGAUCGCUCGGGCUUGUUGCGAGUACAUGAAAGCUCAUUUCCAUCCCUCCAACUGUCUGGCCGUGCGAACGUUUGCAGAGAGCCACAACAGAGUGGACUUGAUGGACAUGGCCGAUCGGUACGCGUGCGAGCAUUUCGCCGAAGUGGUGGAGUGCGAGGAUUUCGUCAGCGUUUCACCGCAGCACCUGAAAACGCUGCUGGCCUCCAGCGACCUGAACAUUCGGUCUGAAACUCAAGUGUACAACGCCGCCGUCAAGUGGCUGAAAGCGAACGCCGAGCACCACCAGGUCUGGCUAGAUCAGAUCAUUUCUCAGGUGCGUCUUCCUCUUCUGUCGGUGGAUUUCCUCACUGCCACCGUCGCUAAAGAGGAAAUGAUCAAGACCAGUUUGAACUGCAGAGACCUUUUAGACGAAGCCCGUGAUUAUCACCUGCACCUGAGUAAUAAAAGCGUUCCAGAGUUUGAGUAUUCCAUUCGUACCACACCCCGCAAGCACACCGCAGGUGUGUUGUUCUGCGUCGGAGGACGGGGCGGCUCCGGUGACCCCUUCCGCAGUAUCGAGUGUUACUCCAUCAGUAAAAACAGCUGGUUCUUUGGGCCUGAAAUGAACAGCAGACGCCGACAUGUGGGAGUGAUUUCAGUGGGAGGGAUGGUUUACGCUGUUGGAGGUCACGAUGGCAACGAACAUCUCGGGAAUAUGGAGAUCUUUGAUCCACACACAAACAAAUGGAUGAUGAAAGCAUCUAUGAACACAAAACGGAGGGGGAUCGCAUUGGCAGCUUUGGGGGGUCCCAUCUAUGCUAUCGGUGGUCUGGAUGAUAACUCGUGCUUUAACGAUGUGGAGCGUUAUGACAUAGAGUCGGAUCGCUGGAGUGCCGUGGCCCCGAUGAACACACCCAGAGGAGGCGUCGGUUCUGUGGCUCUCGGGGGUUACGUGUAUGCGGUCGGUGGAAACGAUGGUGUGGCAUCGCUGUCCAGUGUUGAGCGUUUCGACCCUCAUCUGAACAAAUGGACCGAUGUGCGGGAAAUGGGUCAGCGGCGCGCUGGGAACGGCGUCAGUGAACUCAACGGUUGCCUCUAUGUUGUUGGUGGUUUUGAUGAUAAUUCUCCAUUGAGUUCAGUGGAGCGGUUCGACCCCAGGAUGAACAGAUGGCAGUACGUGGCAGAGUUGACCACGCCGAGAGGUGGAGUCGGUGUCGCCACAGUGAUGGGUCGUGUUUUUGCAGUAGGUGGACACAAUGGCAACAUCUACCUGAAUACAGUGGAGGCCUUUGAGCCACGAACAAACAGAUGGGAGCUGGUAGGCUCGGUGUCUCACUGUCGGGCCGGCGCGGGCGUCGCCGUCUGCUCCGCUCACAUCAGUCAGAUUCGGGACAUCGGACAGGGCUCCAGUAAUGUUGUGGACUGCAUGUAGCCAUAACCUAACAUCACAUCACAGCAGUCCUAAAUCCACAGCAAAUAGUGGACGAUCAAGUUACUCGUGUUGUAUUUAUUUCAUGAUGAUCUUGCUGGGAUCUGAAUUUCAUUGUGUGUUUAUUGGUUUUGUUUUGUUAUUGUAUGAUGAUGUUUGUGUGGCAUUGCUGAAUGUGUUGCUUUUGUCUGAAGUGUUUCAUUCUUUUGACGGGAUGUUUUUUGUGACUUUUGAUGGUGUUUGUUUGCGUGCGUGUGUACAAUCAUACUGACAGAAAGAGAAAGCUGUAGCAGAACAUGUUUACUUAUUUCAGUCCGUCUUCCAGGAGAGUUUGUUUUCAGCCACACUUUAACACAUCUGCCUAUUAUUUUCAUGUAUUUUUCCGGUUCGGGUGUUUUUUAUUAAGUUUGGAUCGAUGCGCUGCAGAAAUAUUUUGAUAUUUAUGAGCACGAUUGAGAAGCCUUGUUUUCAUGUGUCUGAAAUGCUGAAGAAAUCCCAGAUGUUGAAUUCAAACAGGGUUUUAGCAUGCAAAUCUUAAUUUGUGGAGGAAAAAUGAAUCUUCUGCUUUUCACUGCCAAACUGAAAUAAAAGCUGAGAGAUGUUA